AUGCCGACGGCCGCCGGGAGCCCGUUGGGCCCGAAGUCUGCAAGUGUAGGGCCCACUAACACAAGUCUUGGCCAGUGGCCGGCAGAAGUCCAAGCUAAGGCUAAGAGCCUCUUCGGUCUUGGCCGAGACAUUCGCCUCGCGACCGCGACCAUGAGAGCACUCAACUCUCGCCGCCCACAGCAUCUCCUCAUCAGGUCCAUAGCCGUGGUCCUGUUGCUCCUGUCCCAAGAGACCGUGUCCAGAAGCGUCCCAUGGGAGGAAAUCCCACAGAGAGAAACAUCUAAAUUGACGGAAAACGCGGAACCAAGUACCAGCGAUGAAGGAGGUCCCAUAGGUCCAGAAGGAGGUCCUGGGGUCCAGGUUAAAAUCGAAGGGAUCGCAGGUGACCAGAUAGGAGUCCAAGCAGGAACCAGGGGGUCGGUCCAGGCAGAUGAAGGCCUUCAGGGAGACACCAAGAUCCAGGAAGCCGAGGCUGGGAUACAGGUAGGGAAGCAGGAGGUACCAGUGGGUGAAGUGACCAAGUUCUCUAGAAGUGAACCCACGAGCGGAGGUCUGGUCCAGGUGGAAGAGGUUGCAGGGAUUGAGGCAUCAGCUGGGGACCAGGGUAUCCAGAGGGACGAGACGGAGCCAGCUGAUGGGGGUGAACAGGUACGGUCGGUUGUAGGGGGUGAAGCGACUCCUCAAGGGGUUCCUCAAGGUUCGUCUCAAGAGCUGGUCAAGCAAAUUCAAGCCAGGAGUGUCUGGGAUGUGAAGCCUGCUGAUGAAGUUCGGAAAACGGUGAGGAGCGAUGCUUCGGGGAUCAGUGAUGGAAAUGUCCCAACACAGAUCAGGGAUGAGCAGAUUCAAUCGAUUGAUGGGGGUACUCUUCAGAAUUCCAAGAUCUACCAGGAAGAGGCGAAAACGGAGCAGGUGGUAGGCUUGGAGAAGGUGGAUAUCCAGAGUAAAUCGGGACCUGAGAUCAACUCUCACGAGUCCCGGAGUAUAGAGGGUGAGGGAAUCCGAAGGUUCGACGUGGAGAUUCAUUCCGAAGAUGAUGAAGAUAAAAGGGUGGAAAUAGAUGUCGAAGGACCGGGGAAACCAAUACAGGAAUCGGUUAAAAUCACCGUGCUGGAUGCGAGAGGGGAUGAAAAUUUGAAAUCGGAAAUCUUCGCAGCUGAUGACCAGGAAGAGAUCCGCAUAAAGAAGCUGGAUGAUGGGGGUUUGGGUAAGGAGCUCGAGAUCGGGGAGAUUGACGGGUCUAGCAUUAAAAGUAGGAGGAAGGGACACAGGGAAGAUGGUCUUAGAAGUAUCGAGAUUGAGAAAAAGAGCGCAACGGAUGAGAUUGACGCUGCGCAUGCCGAGGUGGGGCAGUCGGAAGCGGAGCGGAUUCAGGAUGACGUCUCUGGACCGAAGAUUUCUGGAACGCACCAGGACAUAACCGAGGCAAAGGCUGCUCCAGUUGAGGUGGGAGCUGGUAUUGAUGAUGAUCACCGGUCAGGAGUUCGCAGCAUCGUUGAAAAUACCGAAGAGGGGGAGCCGGCUCAGCCGGAAAAAAUUGAAGAACAAGACAGCAAAUUACUGGAAGCGCACCAUGACCCAGUUGUCGAGGAAAAAUCAGGGUCGAUCGGCAAAGAAACGGAAGCGGAUCAUCAUCAGGAGCAGCCAUCACCUGCGCAAAGAGAAGAUCGAUUUCUGGAGCCGCGAGAUGAAGCGACCCAUGAGCGGUUUUCAGGGUACUUGGGCGCGGAUGAAACUCAACCUGGGCUACAAGAGUCAAUCGUGGAUGGUCAGAUAAGGAAAUUGAUUUCGAUAAGGGACGACGCAAUCGGUAUCGUUACCGAGCAGGACGACAUCCCUGAUACCCACGACAGUGGACCGAUGGGGACCAGGAAAACCUUAGGGGUCCAGGAAGAAAUCGGCCUUUUAAAUGUCGAGACACCCGAAGAAGAUUCAAAUGAUGGAGCCACUUCGCCUAUAAAAGAGCAGAGCGGUAACUCAGGUAACACCAUUGAGAGCAAUUCCAGGAUUCAACGUUGGAUACGAGAGGCCACCCUUCUCCAGGAGCAGAUAAAAAACCCGUCCUUCAUCAAACGCCUCAGGGAACAAGCCGUGGAAGUCCUGCCGGAGAUUCCCAAAUUCACAGAGUUUCAGCUACUGGACGCUCUCAAAACCGCCGUAUCGCUUAAAACUCCGCAAGCUUUCAGAGAGUCCCUUUUCAACUCAGCAGAGUUCAGCACCCUGAAUAGCACGGAAUUGGAGAUCCUUAAAUGCGCCGAACAGCUCGUCGCGGUCAACGAAAGGCAAUCCUUCCAGGAGAACAUGCUGAACUGCAUCCGGGGGCUGAGCGUGGUGAAUUGCAUGCGCAUCUUCGUCUUCCCUCACCUAGGCGAGAAUUUGCCGCAGAACCUCUUCAUGGACUACUUCACGCUUCCGGUGGAGAUCAACGUGAGCGACUGGCUGAACAGUACAAGGAGGAAGAACAAAACAAGCAGGGCUGAUGUGGCAAGCGAGGGCGAGAAGUUCCUGAUACCAGAAUUGAUAGUCCUGAACAUCCUGAAGGAUGGUCUGAAAGCUCACCCAGAUGAUACGAAAGCGGUGUCCUUUAUUGCAGAGAAGAACGAGACUCUGGUGAAGCUCCUGACUCCGGGGCAGAUAAAGAUCCUUCAGCUAGCCGAAAGGUUCCUUCCCGAGGCGUCGCGUAAGGACUACUCCGACAGGAUGUUCUCCUGCGUCAGGAGGUUCGAGUACUUCAGCUGCGUCAAGUACUUUGCCUGGCCGUUGGUGAAGCAGUACUACCCAACGCUUCCGAGUUUUCCAGACUAUCAAAGCUGGUAUCCAGGGAUCCCUGUCUACCCUGAGUACCCCAUUCUGCCGUUCCCCAGCAUCUCAGCAGAAGUUGGUCAGCUCCCAGAAAUCGUAGACGCCGAUCCGACCAGGGCUACCAAGCCGCAUCAGGACGCCGCGAUCGUCCACAUUCUGCAGAACACUCUGAAGGCGUAUCCCGGGGUCCCAACAACACCCUCGUAUUUCAGCCCCAGCAGUCCUGCCGCUCUGAACCUGAUAACGCAGGAUCAACUCACAGCUGUGAGGAUGGCAGAGCGACUCCUGCCCGUCCCCAUCCGCCAGGAGUUUGCAUCUAGGACCUUAAAAUGCAUCCAACAGUUUAACUAUCUAUCGUGUGUCAAGUACUCCACGUGGCCGACCAUCAGACAGUUCGCGCCUGAACUUCCCUCUUUUCCUGAUUUCUCUGACUGGGUAUCCGGGAUUCCGGACUACUUUGGGUUCCAGGAUUUUCAAGGCUUCCCGGGUUUUGAGGGAUUUGCUGAAUACUUCCCACAGUUCCCUGGUCUCCAGCCUGCUCCUCCGACUCAGGGGGGACCGGUCGAAGGUGUUCCGGUUGAAGGUGUCGCGGUUGAAGGUGUCGCGGUUGAAGGUGUCGCGGUUGAAGGUGUUCCAGUGGAGCAACCGGCCAUCUUCUUAAGGAAACUCAAUGGUACUCCUGUAUCGUCCGAGAAUUUGGAAGCUAAAGUGCUGAAGAUACUGAAAGACAUCAGAGAUUCUAUGGGAAAUCCUCCCACUAGUCCAUCGGUUGUCUCGGAUAGGAACAUACUGGUCUUGGCCACCAUCACAGAGAGGCAGCUGAACGUGGUCAAAGUGGCAGAGAGCAUUCUGCCUCCUGCUGCUCGCGUGGACCUGAUCAGCAGAGUGGCUGGGUGUCUCCAAAAUGAUAACGAUUUUAUCAACUGCACUAGAUACGUCAUCUGGCCUUCGGUUGGACUCUACGCAUCAGCAUUGCCAAAAUUUCCCGAGAAUGAUGAUCAGUUGUUGAAAGAGCCUGCAACUUCGGGAGAAAUUGAUAUCUUGAAGAUGGGGAAGGAGCCAGAGUCGUCGAUCGAGGGGGUCGAAGAGGCUUCUAAAUUGGAAGGUUCGUCCAGGAAAGCUGUCCGGGAAGAGGGAGUGCCCCGGAACCGAGGGGAACACUUGAACAGCGGACCUGUGAUCAGCGUAACUGGGACCAGAUUCGUCCCUAUCUUCACUGAUCAUCCUGAAGCGGUGCUCCUCAACAUCCUGAGCUCCAUCCAGACAUCUGCUCCAAAUUCGCAGAAUGCCAACGAAUUGGUAUCCAGCAGGACUCCAGAGUUUCAGAACUUCCUCACUGAGCAGCAGAACAACAUCAUUCGCAUCACCGAAACCUUGCUGCCGGAGCAGGUCAGGCCUAUCUUUGUCUCCAGGGUAUUGGAAUGCGUCCGUGAAAACAGUUUCCUAGAUUGCUCCAGAGAAGUCCUGUGGCCUUGCUUGGCGGAAUUCUAUCCCAGGUUACCAGGCUUCCCGAAUUUCGGGAACCAGGCUUCCAUCGGGGGUCCAAAGCUCCCCCCUAGUGGUUCAGAGCAGCUCUCAAAGGACGGUCUGAAUACAGAAACGUCCAUGAUUUCGGAAAAAAUUGGCCAACCAGGAGAUGGAACCGUCAUCAUCACCGACACCAGGUUCAUCCCAAUCUUCAGCGAACAACCAGAGACCGUGAUCCUCAACAUCCUGAGGACGGUCCAGGCUGCGACUCCCACUUUACCGUCUUCUGCAAGUUCCUCCAUAACCAAAACUCCAGAGGUUAUUAAAACUCUAACUGAACAGCAAAAAAGCGUGGUCCAAGUAGCCGAGAGUCUUGUUCCAGAAUCGGUCAAGCCGGUCUUUGUGAAGUGGAUGGUGGAGUGCACCCAAAACAACGUCUUCCUGGUCUGCAUGAGGGACAUAGCUUGGCCGACCAUUGCUCAGUUCUAUCCCAGGCUGCCGAGUUUCCCCAAUUUCGGAUCCACCCAAGGAACCCAAGGAGACAAACCAGCGACUUCCGUUCCAUUGGAAUAUGGGAACCUCCAGCAAGGACCACCAGCGGUUAUCCUAAUUCCAACGUUCGAUGCACAGAAACCCAUUCCGCCGUCCAUCAUAGAACUGGAGACGACAUUGAAAUCAAUCUUAUCAGACACCUUAGCUAUUCGGUCAGGGGUUUUUCGUCGGAAUCCUAAUUUAGAUACCCAGAAUCCAGCCAUUGCUGCGCUGAUCACUCCGGAACAGGCGACCAUCAUCCAGUUGACGUAUAGCCUGUUGCCGGAUUCAGCUAAGCCUGAUUUUGAAAAUAGGAUACUGGACUGCAUCCAGAGCUCCAGCUUCCUCUCCUGCACCAGAUACAUAAGUUGGCCGUCGCUGAAACAGUUCAUCCCAGAUUUGCCCGACUUCACAGCCUUUGAAGAGUACCUUCCCGAGACCCCACAGUACCCGUUUCCAGAAAUCCCAACGCUUCCCCAGCUCCCCAGCGUUCCUCAGCUACCAUUUGGAGAGACUCUGCCACCCCUCCAGCCGGAAAAGGAAGAACCUAUUGACACCAGCAAGAAUGUCAGGCCCAUCCCUGCCUCCAACAUCCAGCUGGAGAAGGAACUAGAGACCUCGCUGAAAGAAGCCUUAUGGUCGCAUCAGAAGACUCCGGUUCAGACAUCGUAUUUCGACACAAGGAAUCCAGUAAUCGCUGCUCUGGUGACUCCUCAGCAGGCGAGUAUCAUCAGACUAACGGAAAGUCUCCUUCCAAGUCUGACGAGGCCGAAAUACGUCAGAAGGAUCGUGGACUGCCUCGGAGGAAAUGGAUUCUACUACUGCACCAGGAACGUUAGUUGGCCGACCUUGAAGCUGUACUAUCCAAGUCUUCCUAGUUUUACGGUUUUCGAGAAGUACAUCCCUGAGAUUCCGCAGUUAUCCUUCCAGGAGAUCCCAAUCAUCCCGGAAAUCCCAAACUUUCCUCAGGGUCUUGGGAUCCCUAGCUUUCAGCUUGGAGAUGGCCUGAACCUCUUUCAGCCACAACCAGAAAGGCCAAAGCCCACUCCUCCGUCCACUGCCCAGCUGGAAGAGAAGUUGGAGGCACUUUUGAAUGAGACUCUAGCCAAGAACUUUAAGACAGUCAUUCAGGAUCCCUCUUUCGAUCCAAGGUACCCAGGCGUUGCUGCCCUGGUCACUCCAAAACAGGCCAGCGUCAUCAUCUUGUCUGAAAGUCUGAUCCCCAACUUGGCUAGGCCCGCCUAUGCGGGGAGGAUGGUCAGAUGUCUGCAAGCGUACGAUUUCCUGUCGUGCACAAAGUACCUCAAUUGGCCAACGCUGAAACAAGUCAUCCCGAAUCUGCCCGACUUUUCGAUUUUUGAUGAGUACCUCCCGAAGGUUCCGGUAUUCCAAUACCCUGAGUUGCUACCAAUCCCCGAGCUUCCAAGUUUCAUCGAGCCGCCUUUUGUAGAGAUCCCAACCUCCUUCCAACCUCAGGAAGGACCUAAUGUCACAGGUAACAAGACGGAUGGAGACCAGGACAAGCAACAGACGGGACCAUCCACUUCUUUGAAACCUGAUGGAGAGCUUGAAGACGGCCCCAAGAAGGAGAACACAACGGCAAGUGAGACUUCAUCUCCGUCGUCGGAGAUUCCAGGGUAUCCUGGUCAGCCUCCAGAAAUCCCUUUAAACAUCUCCACGGAGGAAGUGUCUUUGCCAGAAGGAACCCAGAAGGGCUUGAACUCCACCCCACCAGCUAAAGCAGCUGAAGUUACGUCCAGCAGGAAACGGAGGAGCGUCGUUGACCUCUUCGACAGCUACUCAUCAUCCAAAAAGGAUCAGGAAAGUCAGAACGAUAAGAGGGAUGCAGAUUCUGGGACUUUUCCGAACAUCAACGAGUCUCAGUUUCUUCAGCUCUUGAUCAACGUCUCGAAGUCAAAGGCGAGUAAGGAUUUGACGAAGUUAGACCACAAGGAGUACUACGUAGACACUUUGAAUUCCACCCUGAGGCACUCUUUGACCGCCGAUCAGUACGAAAUCCUGAAGCUGGUAGAAGACUUCAACGGGGAAACUGCGAAAGCCGGGUUCAUGUCGAAGGUGAUUCAAUGCAUUCGAAGUCUGAGUUUCAUCAGGUGUGUCGGAAUCUUCGUCUGGCCGAUGAUCACCAGCAACCUGCCGUCCAUAGGACUGCCAUCGGUCGGCGGAUUCCUGCCCUUAGGGAGAGCUCAGGAGACGGAGAUCCAGGACUUCUUCGGCAUGUCCUCCACGGACUUUGAAAAAGAGCUGCUGUCCAGAAAGGAGUCCAUCGAGGGCAUGUUGCUGGACUGGUACAAGUCCUUCACGGAGGAAAAAUUUGAAAAGGACUGGGGCCUUUUUAGGAUCAAGGGGUACGGGAACGGGGAGCUGGGUGUUAGCAUAGCUGGUUCCCGAACUGGUCGCGCCAAAAGGAUCAAGGACAAUAAAAACCUGCCCAGUAUCCUGACGGUUAUAAGCGACCUCAUGGAGGACUUUUUCGAGCAGAAUGAGAAGGCGAAGAAGGAAAGCUCCAAGAAGGAGAGGAGCAUGGGCUCUAGCAUCGAUUCCGCGGAUUAUCAGACUCUAAAAGAUUCGGACGAGGACGAGCGGCUCGAGGACGAUCAGCUGUUGCUGACGUUCUUGGACAAGAUCCAGACCAACUCGACCAGCGUUAAAGAAGCGGACAUCGGUGAACUGUUGAAUACGGAAAACGCAAACGACGCGUUCGAGAUCCUCUUUGGUACCAGGAUUGGGGCGCGGAUAGCUAACAGGCUGAAGGAGCUGAAAGAGGACCACCUUAAGACCCAUGCAGACGCUCCUUCUAAGGACGCUGUUGGGGAAGUGGAGAUCGUCCCCUUGGAGGCUGAAACCGAGGAAUCGGAUUUCGAUCUUAGAGUCAUCCCGUUGGAGACUCAAGUCACGUACGACCUGGCAGUGGAUUCUGCCGUUCCCCGCCAUUCUCAACCCGACCGAAGGCAGGAGGACACCAAGAAGGAGGGAGCCCAGGUGUUCAGGGCCUUCCUGGAGGAACAUGCGAAAAGUUCCGAGGAUAAUAGACGAGCUGGUCAGCCUGCUGGAGUCAAUCUCGAAGACAAGAAGCCGAAGAACCGAUCCAAGGCCAUGUUCAGGUUUAGGACCAAGGAUGGCUCCACGGAGCUGGCCUUGCAGCUGCCCAGACUCUACGAGGACAUCAUUCCUAGGAAGAUCACCAGCUCCCUGAUCCACGUAGGUCGCGACAUAAAGAACAAGAUGUCGCAGAUGAUGCCUGGAAUUGGCAUGGUGGUCUCGUUUCUGAUUCAAAUGGCACUCGCCCAUGCUCGCGCGGCAGCUUCCAUUGCUGGAAUGGUCAGCAACAUGGCUCUGGGCUCCGCCAUGUUCAGCAUGAUCCGCCAGUCUCUCUUCGGCUCAUCUCAGCCGAAAAUCAAAUACGUCUUCGAGGAAAAGAUCACACCUGCAGAGGGCUGGCCGCAGGACCAUCAAAACUACUAUUAUCGUUAA